CAAGGGUUUGAUCUUAUUUGCGAUUACGAGUGAGAGGGAAGGGUUAAAACAGAAAAAAUGGCGAUGGCGAUGGUGAGAUCUGGUGUCCUUAGAACGGCUCUUCGCGGAGGUUCUAGAACAUCCGCUGCUCCUCUCAAGCGAGGAUUCGCUUCUUCUGGUCAUCACGACGAUGCCUAUGAGACUGCGAAGUGGGAGAAGAUAACAUAUUUAGGCAUCGCUACAUGCACUGUGCUUGCUAUUUACAACCUCUCAAAGGGUCAUCCCCACCAUGAAGAGCCUCCACCGUACCCAUAUUUGCACAUUCGCAACAAGGAGUUCCCAUGGGGUCCAGAUGGUCUUUUUGAGAGCAAGCACCACUAGGUCGUUUGAUGGCUUUUUUUCAUGGAGAUAUCUCCUGGGACUUCUCUUCUUUAGCUCUCAUAUUCUGUCAAUUGGUUUAAUGACAAUCAAGAUAAUUUCCUUGCUCAUGAAUGUUAGGAUUUCCAUUUGCGGAUCUCAAUUGGGGAUUUAAAGACUAGCUUGCUGCAAGUUCAACCUUUUUAAUCGUGUCUGUAAAACUCUGCUCGCAAAUAAGGUUGAUGAAUGAUAUUUGAUUAUCCCUUUCUUAUUCAUGUGCAAUCAAACAGUGUUUUAUGUGGAAAUGUUGGUUAUUGAAGA